AACUGCAGAAAUAUUCACUGGCAAGAGGAGAAAAGUUCUAGGGUGAGAAAGCUCCAGAGUUUUUAGAGAGAGAAACAAAGAGCCGAUGGCGUCUGCUAUUAGCAAAUGGCUGGUCGACCCAACUCGCAACCCCCUCGCCCGCCUCCACAUGAAAACUAUAGGCAAUCGCCUCAAAAAAUACGGUCUUCGGCACGACGAUUUAUACGAUCCGAUGUACGAAUUGGAUGUGAAGGAGGCUCUGAAUCGGUUGCCCAGAGAAAUCGUGGAUGCGCGUAAUCAGCGCCUCAAGCGCGCCAUGGACCUCUCCAUGAAGCACGAUUACCUUCCGGCAGAUCUUCAGGCUAUGCAGACUCCAUUUAGGACCUAUCUUCAGGAGAUGCUAGCUCUUGUUAAAAGGGAGAAUGCAGAACGAGAAGCACUCGGCGCUUUGCCCCUUUAUCAACGCACCCUUCCCUAAGUGAAUUCUAUCUUCGUUAAUUGAAUUAUAUCUUCGUUAAGUGAAUUCUAUCUCUUGACUGAAUAAGGGCCUUCCUGUGAAUGGACUACAAUGUGAUGUUUGAAUUUUGUACUCUGUCGACAUCUGAUGAUUAAUGGAUUCUCAUCGGUGUGUUAUUAGUUUCACUUUAUCAAUAUGGUUUUUAGCAGAUAUUAUUGCUUUUUUAAAUAAUUGGUUGCAACUUCAUAAUACGUUACGACAAUUGGUUGUAUUUCUGAGGAGUUUAUCUAUGAUUUAAAUUGGUGUUUCUGGUUGAA